GCAGAGAAUAAAUGUCGAGUUCCGAAUUUCGGAGUGGUCAUGGCAGGUUAAGACAUGCGGAAUCUGCCAUUUGUUUGGGUGUGCUACCGAUCCUAACCCUAGGUCUGCUGCCUCGCCUCCGUCCCUUCUCCACCGAUGCGCCCGGUGGCUGCAGCGUGGCCGUGAUGCAGGUGACGAGGUCCAAUUUCAACGCGGCGCUGGAGGGCCUUAGGGCCUGCGUAGAGGAGUCGGACUUCGUGGCCGUUGACCUUGAGAUGACCGGCGUGACGAGUGCCCCAUGGAGGGACUCGUUCGAGUUCGACCGAUCCGAUGUCCGUUACCUUAAGCUGAAGGACUCCGCUGAGAAGUUCGCUGUCGUGCAGUUCGGUGUCUGCCCCUUCCGCUGGGAUUCAUCCAAGGGCUCCUUCUUCGCCCAUCCGCAUAACUUCUAUAUCUUUCCACGGAAUGAGUUGCCACUUCAUGGGCCACCUGAUGAUUUCCUAUGGCAAGUAACAUCCAUCGACUUCCUUGCUAAAUGCCAAUUUGACUUCAAUGCAUGUAUAUAUGAAGGUGCUUUUCUCAAUCAAGUUCUUCGCAUCCUACUAUACAUACAGUGUUGCCUUUCCAUCAUACCACUAAAAGAUAAGUCUCAAUUAGUCGUUCUAUCUACUUAUUUUUUGUGCUGUGUCAUAGAACUCAUCAGUUGUAGUUACCAGUGUAUAUUUAAUGUUGUGAAAAAGCACUUCAAUGACCUCAUGUAUGUUCGUGUUGUUGACGAGGACAACUCAUGGCAAAGGAGGGUAGUCUAUGUCGACACAAAUGAAGAUAAGGCUGUAUUGAUGAAAGAUGUCCUUGAAGAUCUGAGAAAAAAUGCAGAAAAAAGAAUCAAGUCUUCUGUUGGAUUUCGGCAUGUUGUUGAUCUUCUUGCAUCAACAGGAAAAUUGAUUGUUGGUCAUAAUUGUCUUCUAGAUUUAGCUCAUAUAUACAACAAAUUUUUUGGUCCUCUUCCUUCAUCUUUGACGGAAUUUGUGCAAGCUGUCCAUGAAAAAUUCCCCCACAUUGUUGACACUAAGCACCUUUUGAAUUCAAACCAGACAAUUCAGCAUUUGAUGAAAAAGAAUAGCAAGUCAUUGUCUUCUGCCUUCUCUCUUUUAUGCCCCAACGUAUCAUCUAAUUUCCAGACCACUUCCAAGUCUUACUUGAGAUUUGAGGUCCAAACAGAUGAAAUUAGGCAAGCUUUCAUAAUUCAAUCAUUUUAUUCAUUUGUUUCUGCAUCAGGAAAUAACAAACUAAACAUGAUCAUCCGUUAUUUUUUGACUUUGUUGGGUUGGAAAUUUUCUCAUACUAUUUUAAACUCUCAAAUGUAAAUCUGUUGAUAUUAUAUGUUUAAUCUAUCUGCAGCAGUUGUAGUAACUAUUAAAAAGGAUUUGCUUUGAUCCCUUUUCUUUUAUUUUUUAUUCACAAGAAUUUCUUUGGUCAUUUUCCCUUUUUUUCGUAACAUUUGUACUCUUUGCAUUCUCAUUUCAAUGUUUAGUGUUUAUUGUAUUUUAGGUUGUUACAUAUUGUUUCCUUAUAGUCACAAUGUUCUAACUAAUUUGUAGAUGAGAAUGAGGUUAUCUAGAGGUAAUCAAGUUAUCCAAGAAUGAUCCGUAAUUAUUUAAUUAGGUAAUUCUACUCUUCCAUUUUCUAUUGUGACUUAUGUUUCACUCGUUAGUAUCAUGCAGGAUACCAAGAGCAAACGUUGCAUUAGCCACAACAACAAAGAGUAAAUGUUGGAUUCAAAACUAUCUUUUAAUCUUUUGCUUGAUUUUCUCAACAAAAUUGGUUGGUUCAUUAAUCUGUACAAGAGAAGCAAUUUAUCUCAUGAAAUUCGAAGACAGGGAGGGCAAAAAGAAGAAAUUGAAGGCAUGCAUGUUAUUAGCUCGAGGAUGGAGGAACAAAUUAUUGAAAGGAAAAAAAACUUGUUAUUACAUAAAGUAGGCAGAGGAAAGAAAAUCGUAUUGAGGAAGGUAGGCAAAGAGAAGAAAAUCUCAAGGAGAUGAUUCAGAAAUGAUUCAAGAAAUGGAAUAUACAAAUCAGUUAUUAUUAGGAGAAUUUGGUCUUUAUAGUUUGAUUAUUGGUCAAAUUUGUUUGGAUAAUGUAAAUAUUUAUUUAUUUUAAUGUUAAUUGUAUAAUACAUUUGGAAUUAGAAGUUAUUUCUUUUUAAUAAAUUAAAUUUAUUUGAAA